AUGGACACCAAAGGAAGACUCAUUGCUGGUUCUCACAACAGGAAUGAGUUCAUUCUCAUAAAUGCUGAUGAGGUUGCAAGAGUAAGCACCCUCAAAAGUUGCGCUCGUGUAGAUGGGGAUGAGGAAGAGGGUGGGGAUGAGGAAGAGGGUGGCGAUGAUGAUUUGGAGAAUGAGUUUGAUAUCGCAGGCCAUGAUAGGAGAGAUCCUCACCAUAUUGCUGCAGCCAUGCUCUCUACUCGAUACAAUAUCAAUCAUGGUUCCCGAUCUCACGCUUCAGGUUUGAGCACCCCGGCAGAGUUCGAUGCUGCAUCUGUUGAUUCAAAGGUCCCUCUCCUGACAUUUGGCGAGGAUGUUGAGAUUUCCUCUGAUAAGCAUGCUCUUAUCGUUCCUCCCUUUAUGAGUAGCGGAAAACGUGUCCAUCAAAGCCCCCAUGUUUGUUGCAGAAAGCUUGAGGAUACACAAAGCAGAGAAUUGAAGAGAGAAAAAGAAAACCAAAGAAACGUGGACAGUGGACAAGUAUUCAAGCCCGUGUUUUUGAAAUGGAGUAUUAGCAUUUUAGGACCUUUUAUAUUUGCAAUAUUCUAA